AGGUGACGCUGCUCGAACUCCGGGAUAGUUUCUGCGGUUGGUCGACCAACGACUUGUCUCCAGUGGUGGGAAGAUGUCAGCGUGACGCCUCCGCAGCAGCAGCAGCAGCACCACCACCAGCAGCAGCAGCCUCCUGCAUGUCCCAGAGUCCCCAUGGAUGACCUGACCAAAGCCCUCUCGGCCAGCUUUGCUGUGUCCAAGGAGCUCAACAGCACAGCCGCCCCACACCCUCGACUGGCCCAGUACAAGAGCAAGCACAGCGUCCUGGAGCAGAGCGAGCGGCGAAGGCGCUUCCUUGACCUGCAGAAAAGUAAAAGGUUAAACUACGUCAACCAUGCGCGGCGUCUGGCUGAUGGGGACUGGACAGGGGCAGACAGCGAUGGGGAGGAGGACAUGGAGAAACAGGACGAGGGGGAACGGGAGAUAGACAGCAAUGCAGAGGAAGAUGGGAUGGAGAUUGAGAGGAGGAAGCUCCCAAAGCAUUAUGCCAACCAGCUCAUGCUGUCAGAGUGGCUGGUGGAUGUACCAUCAGAACUGGACACUGAUUGGCUGAUGGUGGUUUGUCCUGUUGGGAAAAGAUCUCUCAUUGUUGCCUCCAAGGGUUCCACUGCGGCGUACACUAAAAGCGGCUAUUGUGUGAACCGUUUCCCCUCCCUGCUGCCUGGUGGGAACCGACACAACUCUGCCAUGGGAAAAGACUACACAAUCCUAGACUGCAUUUACAGCGAAGUGGACAGAACGUACUACAUCCUGGAUGUCAUGUGCUGGAGAGGCCACCCGGUCUACGACUGCCCGACCGAAUUCCGUUUCUUCUGGCUUCAGUCCAAAGUCGGGGAGACGGGCGGCCUAUCAGAGAUCGCCAAACGCAACCCUUUCCGGUUUGUGAGCCUCCAAAGCACAGCCUGCACAGCAGAAUCCAUUCAGAAAGCCCUGGCUGCUGAGUACAGCUUCAGCGUCGAUGGUCUCCUCUUCUACCACCAGCAGACCCACUACACUCCUGGCAGCACCCCUCUAGUUGGCUGGCUUCGCCCCUACAUGGUCACUGACAUCCUGGGUAUAGAGGUUCCCGUCGGGCCGCUCACCACCAAGCCUGAGUAUGCCAGCCUCCAGCUGCAGCAGAUCCUGGAACACAAAAAAACAUCAAGUGAAGUCCGCCCAGCCAACAGGAGCGGAGGCUACGAGUUAGAGCACCUGUCCACGCCGAGCCCGGACAAUGCGGACUCUCUGAAUUUCUUGAAUCAAAAGCCAAUAAGAGAAGCAAACAUGGAGGACUGAGUGGGAGGCUUAAUGGGAUGCAAAUAGCUUACUCAGUGUUUCUGAGUGGCGUCGGCCCACAUAUGGCUCUUUAGAAUCUCUGCUGAAUGCUUCUGCAGAUCGGACCUAUUGCAAAGCAUGGCUAAUUCUAAUCAGGCACUGUUCAGGAUGCCUUCAGAGUGCAGAUUAGUAGAGCUACGCUGUAUAUCCGUUGCAAUUUUGGCUAAAAACAUUGGUAUAUCUACAUCAAAAUGCAGAACUUGAAAAUGGUUCUUUCCUUGAGAAAAACUGCACAGGAUUCAGCCACAGUCAGUCCGUUGUGCAGAUCCUUUCAUAACACCAUAGGUUGUUGGAGGGAUCCAAAAAGGACAAGAAGCGUCUUAUGUCAGUGUGGCACAUUUAUAUUCGGGGUCGUGUUAUUUUGUUGCUCUGCAUUUCAGAUGUCACGUAACAUCGCAUCCUUGCUCUGGUCAUUUGGUAUGUUUCUUAUAACCGGCAUCGACAAACAUUAACCAAAACCAUUCGAAUAACAGUAACGGAGAGUUUACGAUUCACUUAGCAUUUUGGAAGGGGAGAUGUCGCUAAGUUGUGACCAUGAAAAGGAUUGGCAUAGGAUUUUACUAUUUCAAAAGAAGUUUAAAAUUGUUGAAAAGGUGUUUUAAAAGUGUAUGUUUCUAAAUAAAAGUUUUUUUUAAUGGA